AUGUGCUACACACAGGCCGCCUCAUGUUUCAUUUGGCACGAUAUUCGAGAUAUCGCAGUAUAUUCUCAUAGGAACAUAAGGCUGACGGAAACUCGGGGACUGCGCCUAUCUGAUGGGCCCCAAGAAGGGCGAAACCGGUCGUGGGCUGUCGAAGAGUUUUCAGCAACCUUAUAUCGCGAUGAGCUGUUCCGGCGAAACACACUACUCACAAGGUUGCUGAAUAUUCUUCGACAGCACACGGCCGGUUUCGUCCUCCUUGGAGUUCAUCGGGUAGGUGAAGUCUUCGAGUUUUCGUCAAAUUUAUUAUCUGCUUAA